GUGUUGCGUGCCGCCAGGCAGCGAUUAUUGGGCCACACAUCCGCUGGCACCACAAUGCUCCAAUUGCGCAGCCAAGCCUAGGCAUCCGACAUCAGAGCAUAGACACCGGAAUUGGAUUUGGAAUCCAAGUCGAAGUCGAACGUGGGUCGCAGCACUUAGCGCAUGGGAGCGUGAACCAAAACAGCGAGAAUGCAGCUGCCUGCAUGAGCCGAUACUCGACUGCUUUAUACCCUAACCCGCGCUGCGCUGCGCUGUCAGCCCUCUCAGCUGGUCCAAUAUACCCUCCGUUUCGUGCGGCCGUUGGAAGCAGCAAAAGUAAGUCCGUGCUAGCACGCAAUAUCGGUGGCAAUCCGCUUUCGUAGUCGACGAGUUGGAGCUGCGCAAGAACGACCAAGAGCUGCCCGCCAAGACAUGACUACAUGCAGUGUGACCAGCACACCAGCGCGGUUCGCCCGCUGCCUGGCUAAUUUCCAGAUGGACGAGCUGCUGCUGCUGAAGAAGUCCGUGCUGAGUAUGGAGGGGCUGGAUAAUAACGAUAUCAUCGCUCCGACUACCGAAUGCCCACAGAUGGAGCCGCAUGGAUCGCCGCUGCCAGAGCGAAUGGCCUUGAUGGCCGCAGAUCGGGGUGAGCACGACACCACCGGCUCCAGUGGUCCUUGGCACUCCCAUCCACACGCGCCGAUUUCCUGGACGGAGCAGAAGCCCUCCAAGUUGCAGACCCUCUUCCAGAUCAGCAUUACGGCCCUGGCCUUUCUCUCCUUCGGCGGCUAUCUGCUCUGCCUUAUCGUGCAGGCCAUCAAAAGCAAGGGCACCACCUACUUCCACCCGGUGGCCACGGCCACCACCAGCUCAUCCAACGGCAAUGUGAAGCGCAUCAAGAUAUACCGCCGCAGCAAGCGCAGCUCCGCUCGCCACGACACCGAUCUGCCGAUUCUGCUGCAGCAGGACUACGUCUCCUACAUGAAGUCUGUGCGGGAUCGCGGCUGGAGCAUGCUUACCUAGUGGGAUCGUAGAUCUGGUUGCCGCGGUGCGUGAGUCGGUUGGGUCCCGGCCCCACCUUGAUGCCGUACAGUGCGUACUGAUCCUCUGUCAUGGUUCCAUCGCUGUAAAUGGCACAAAUUAGUUAAGAUGCUACUCCGCAACAACUACUUAUAUUCCUACUCCCCCUCGCACCUCUGCUCCUCGUCGAUGAUGGGCGCCACUACGGCGCCCCUUGUUCCGUACUGGCUGUAGUACGGCUCCUCGUAGUUUCCGCGGCUGCUGCGCUCCGGGGAACUGGUGUAUCCAUCUGCAAAUACAGCCUGGUCGGUUAGAACUGGGACUCCUCAUGGUGGGAGGAUCGUAGCUAUGUGCGUGCUUGGUGGCCUAUAAUUUCUGAUUGAAUUUAGGUAUAACGAAACGCAAUAAAGGAACGCAACCGAACAAUUCGAAA